CGCCUCCGCUGACAUCAUUUCCUCCAGAAAUCUGAAUGACGCCGAACCAUCCAAUCACAAUCUCUGCUGAGAAAGGCCCGCGUGUUUUGAACUUAGGCUGGCGGAAGUGUUUGGAAAAGGCAGACACGGACCAUUGAAAGGGUUCGAUAAUAUCAGCUGAUAAUAACAUCGAUAUGUUAGUAAUGCUACGCGAAUAACGUCAUUCCCCUCAGAAACGGCCCCUUCUUCUCCUGGAAAGCAUAUCUUCUCUGCAGUAACCAUGACAAUGACGGCUUCAUCUACAGAGGAAGGCAAUGUAUCAGUGGUGGUCCGGGUGCGACCGCCAAAUCAACGUGAACAAGAAGGAAACCAUCACGCGGUGGUGCAAGUUGUGGAUCACAAUAUGCUGGUAUUUGACCCAGAUGAGCCAGAGACAACUGGAGUGUUCUCCAGCCUAAGGGGGAAUGAUGGGCCCAAGCGCAAAGGAAAGGACAUGAAGUUUAUUUUUGAUCGCAUUUUCGGGGAAAAUUCCAGACAGCAGGAUGUGUUUGAGCAUACAACAAAGGAGAUCCUGGAUGGCGUCCUAAAUGGAUACAACUGCUCUGUGUUUGCCUAUGGAGCUACAGGUGCUGGGAAGACCCACACAAUGCUGGGCAGUGAAGCUGACCCUGGUGUUAUGUACCUUACUAUGGUUGAGCUGUACAGAAGGAUUGAGGCAAUUAAAGAGGAGAAGUCAUGCGAGGUUCUUAUCUCCUACCUAGAGGUGUAUAAUGAACAGAUACAGGACCUGCUGGAGCCAAGAGGAUCUCUAGCAAUCCGGGAGGAUCCACAGAAGGGUGUAGUUGUACAGGGUCUGUCAUUCCAUCAGCCCAAGUCUGCGGAUCAGUUGCUGCAAAUGCUGGCCAGUGGCAACCUUAAUCGGACUCAGCAUCCCACAGACGCCAAUGCAUCGUCUUCACACUCACAUGCUGUGUUCCAGAUCUACGUGAAGCAGCAAGAUCGCACUGUCAGUAUAUCUCAGGAUGUCCGGGUAGCCAAAAUGAGCCUUAUUGAUCUGGCCGGCUCAGAACGAGCUUCCACCACAAACGCUAAAGGCGAGCGCCUUCGAGAAGGUGCCAACAUCAACCGUUCCUUGCUAGCCCUCAUCAAUGUCAUCAAUGCGUUAGCUGAUGCAAAGAGUAAGAAGGCUCAUAUCCCGUAUCGAGACAGCAAGCUGACCAGGCUUUUAAAAGACUCCAUUGGUGGAAACUGUCGGACUGUCAUGAUUGCUGCCAUCAGUCCAUCUGCUCUAAGCUAUGAUGACACCUACAACACUCUAAAGUACGCCAACCGUGCAAAAGAAAUAAAGCUCUCGAUGAAGAGCAAUGUGAUCAACCUGGAUUGCCACAUUAGUAAAUACGCAGCUGUGUGUGAGGAGCUGAAGGCUGAGGUGGCAGAGUUGAGAGAAAAGCUUCGUUUCUAUGAAAUGAAAGAGCAGCCUGAUGAUGACACCUCCGACAACAGUCUGCAAGACAAGACAUCCCCUAGGCGGGAAGAACACUCUGACCUGGGAAGUCCGGAACAAGGGUCCGGGGCCCUCCUACUUAGCACGUCGUCUUGCCAGAGUCAGGAUCACAAGCCAGCCGAGAUGAACCCCAGGAAAUGGGACCAAGUUCCACUUAACUGCAGUCUAGGAAGAGAAGAGCUUGAGAAGAAUCCGUGUCUUCACGAAGCCUUAAAAGAUGAUGCUGCAGAGAGGCUGGUCACUUCUCUGUUGAACUUUGUGCGGAAGCAGUGUGAGAUUUUGAAGCUUGCCGGCCUUUACACUCCAGAGCUAGAGGAUGAACUAAGGCAACUGGAAGGGUUAGCCCUGCGAGGACAGAAGGCCACUGCUGAGAAGGUGACUGAAAAGGAACAGGUGACAGAGGAACAUGAAAUGGAAACCCACAAGGAACAAGAAGAGGUCCCUCAGACUCCAUUAGUUGAAGAUGUUGUUUUCGAUAUUAAAGAGGAGGUGAUUGAAGACCCAGUCCCCCCUGCCAGGAAAAGAAAACCAGGGAAGCGCUACAGAGCGGACAUUCUUCCAGACAACAGUCCCUCACUCCGAAGCCCAAUUGUACCAGUGAAGAGAAGAAGAGAGGCCACAAACACUCCGACCAAAGCCAGAUUGGCCGGGGUCCCCAGCACACCAGAAGUCCAAGUUAAGAGACCCAGAAAGUCCUCGAUCCCCAGCAGAUGCAGAGUCUCCCUGCGAUCCAGUUUAAAUUUGCUGCCCAGUAAUGCAAAAGACAUAGCUUCCCAGCCCCCUUCCCUCUGCACCCCUAAACAGACUGCAAAGAUACAGUCACAGACGGUUACUAAAAGCCGCAUGCCCUUGGGAACCUCUGCCAUACAAAACUGUGCCUCUGUCCCUGCAGCAGCCCUGGCACCAAGGGAUAUGAAUACUACAUUUGAUUUGUCGGAGGAGGGUUGCUUCGUAUCAGAGAUGGACAAAACAGUGACUUUUGGAACCUCUGACUUUCCUGGCUGGGAAAAUGUGCCAAUUCACAACAUCGACACCACUUUUGGAAAAAGCUCGGAUGUUGCUGUGUUCUCCGUGAAGGGCCUCUCUGUAAACCACAUGAAUGCGAAUCAGAUGACAUCGGCAGCCAAAUCCUAUUCGCACAAGCGAAGGCGUUCCAGCAGUUCAUCAAUGUCCCGUGCAGGGAAAGGAACUUUGGCUCAAAGUCGCAUUGCCAGGCUGCAGAUGAGCACAGUGAAAAAAUCGCAGCAGCCGCCUACAAUAUCAGAGAGCAUUUGCAGCAGCCCCCGGGGCCAGAGUGGCAAGAAGACGGGUAAAGGGACGGUGGCAUUUGGCAGGUCCUUGGCUGCUGUUCCAGUGACCAGAUUCACACAGUACUCCACUGUUUCCAAGUCAUGAUGAAUACAUGGAAAAGCUUUAUAUGUAUAUAUGCACAUACCUUCUGCCCAGUAGUUUUUAUUGGCCCUUUGCUUGUAUUUCCCUAAGUGUUGGCACCACAAUGCUUGAUGCCCAACAGGGUGACCAUCUCAGCACACACAGUGCAAUUAUCUCCAGUGCUGUAUACUUUUUAUCCCUCUUCUGCAGUACUUUUUAUUGUUUUUAUUUAUGAUUUUUAACAUGGCUUUAACCUUUCAGCCCCAAACUGCCAGCUACCCACUGGGAUCUCAGUGUUAUUCUCUCGCAUAAGAAGGAAACAUAGGGGCAGAUUUAGCAAAAUGUGAGUUUAGAGCUUAAUACAGAAAAACUCACCUAUGUUCUAUUCAUUCCUAUGGGAUUUGUAGAAGCGUAUGUAUGAGUGUGUGAAAGUUAGAACUUUCACAAAUCCCAUUGGAAGUUAUAGAACGUGCGGUGAUUUUAUCUGAACUAAGUUUGUGAAACUCCCAUUCAUUUAUAGGAGCUGACUGUUUAUAGAAUGCUUUUUUGCUUUUCGCCAACUUGUGUCCUUUACAUUCUGCAGGGGACGUGCAGCAGUGAAAGGAACAUUUUUCUCUUCUCCAUGAGAAGUGUGUAGGGGUAGAUCCGUACAGAUAUUUUUUAAUGAAAAUAUUGUACCACGUUGCCACGAGUACUAUAGCGCCAUCUAUAAGUAAAUGACACUGGAUUCAUUCAUUUUUAUUCAGUGCAAAUGUUCUAUCUGAAGGCACAAAAAAAGUUCCUUACAAAUCAGGGCUUAUUUAUCAAAGGGUGAGAAAAAGGGUAAAAAAAAAUUCACCCAGUUUACUUAUCUAUUUUUGAGCUUUUUUGCAGUUUUACUCAUUUUUAAUGUUUCUGUUUAAAUCAACGUUCGUUACCCCCCCAUUACCCCUUAUUGACCAUAGCAGGCUUAAUGCUUAUCCUUUUUAGACUGCAUAAUGAAAUCACUCCAUAUGACAGUGAGUCCUAUUUGGGGAUGCACUGAAUCCAUAACUCAGGGAAUCAGACAAAGCAUUCGGCCGAAUCUGAACUCUUUUCAAUUCUUUAGAAAAAAAAUCUCCAUAAAAUUGCUGCAUUUUGUGGUCCAGAGUUUAUAAGUUGCAUCCUUUUAAAGGGAAUGUAAACCCUCAGAACAAAUGAAGGUUUUCCAGAUUUCAAGAUAUUGGUAACUUUUACACUGCUAACCUAAUGAAAUAGACCCAAUAGCACCACCUGCUGGUCAGUUUUGCUGAUCUGUCUGACAGUUUGGGGAAAAUUUCAGAAGAAGCGGAAACUCUUCUGCUCUUUUUCUGCAUCUUAUGUUCCUCUGGUCUUUGCUAAUCAGGGGAACUUUUCUUCUGGCAACCCAGUCGACAGGACUGGCCAGCAGGUGGCGCUGUUGUUUCAUCAUUAAUUGGCAGUGUAAAAACUACUGAUAUCUUGAAGUUAAGUAAAUCAUGUAAAUUGCAAACCUAUUUCUCAUAGACUUUGUUUGCUUUAGGGGUGCUAAAUUGGCUCGCUAAUUCAUGCAGAAGUUGCUAGGAAACAGCCGAAUCUAAACUCAAUGCAGUAAUAUAGAGUAACUAUCUAAUGGUCUUAGUAACAUGCAGUAGCUCCCAAAGGGAUCAUCAUCAGCCAAAAAUGUAAAGUUUGUGUCUGUGGUUGAGACGCUGGUACAAGAGAUUUAUACUUUGGAAAUAUCCAUAGUACAACAUCUAAUCCAUGACAUAAGGGCAGGAACUGCAUGGGUCAUUAGCCAUCUGAUCGCCACCCUCCAAUCAAAAAGUUCUAUUUCUAUAGGAAUAUUGAUUAAAAAGGCAGGGGUAUGUGGUGGCCUGAUAGAUGUUGUACAAAAACAGCCCUACUUCCUUAGCUGUCGGUGGGAACUGAAUAUAAAAUCGGCCGGGCCACUAGUUACCCAACACAUAUGGCCGCCGGGCAGUAUCAUUCUCUAAUGGACAUUCUUAGGGAACAGAGGGAAGUAUAAAUGUAUUUCUACCAAUUAAAUAGUUUUACCAAUUAUUUUUAUCAAAUUUGUUUUAAUUUUUAUUGAUUUAGCAUUUGUACAUAGCUAUGUAUUAUAGGUGUACACUGUACAAUAUCUUUCUAUGUGUUUUUAUCUUCCUAUAUAUAUGUUUAUGUUGUUAAUUAUGUUUGUUUCCCACAAUCUAUUUUCUUGUCAAAACUCUGCAUGAAUGUAUUAACAUAGGCCUUGUGCAUUGUAAAGGUAAGGGGGGGGGGGGGGGGGUUGUCAGGCCCAGCCAGCUAUAGGUUCGAUCCUCCUUUGGGUAUCAGUUCCGCUCCAGUCCAUCUUGGCAGAAUAAUAUGGGAAGAGAUGAAUGUGUUCAUGACUGAUACAAACCGGAGUAAAGUCAUUGCAGCUCUAAGGCUUUCUGGGCCCCACUGAGAUACAAUUCCCACUCCAGUGUCCCUUUUGGGCCCUUCUCCUAAAGAAACCCUGGCAGCAGGGGUGUUUUUUUUUUAUCCCUAUUCUAAGGGAUCAAGGGCUCAAUGUCCUCUGCUGCACCCAAGUGACUUUGAAUGGAUGUGUAACCAAGUUACGCCAUGUUUAAUUACCCUAAACUAAGGCUAGGCUAAUGGCUGUGCUCUGCCAUUUUAAAUGGCCCAAAAACAGCGUUAAGGUGGCCGCAUAGCAGCCCCUCGUAGACUAGCAGUGCAGUUGCCAGACAGCUGCUCAUUUGGUGAUUGUCAGGCAAUUACAAUGUUCAGUCUAUGGGCGGCUGUUUUGUCCACUUUAACAACGCAUUUCUAGGCUGCUUAACCAUGUGCUGCUGGAACAGCACAUGGCUAGUGUGCCAUUAGCCCCACUGUCAGUCAGCAUUGGCCUCCAUUUUCUUUAUAGCCAGAGCCAGAGAGAUGACUUAAAGGGGGGAUAUUCAUGAAGAUGGGUAAUAUAUUUUAAGCCAAAGAUUAUUUAAAAAGAGGCGUAAAAUAAAUGGCAUAUUUAAAAAGCUGCUGUUUGGCUCAAAGCUAUUGGUCAGACACCAUAGACCCCCGGCCAACAGUCAGACCAGUCCAAUUCGACCCAGCGAACUGUAAACAAGUGUAUGACCAACGUAAUGCAACAUUUUCUUCUUGUUUACGUCACUUUUUACGCCAGAAAUGCACCCGCCAACAAUAAUGCCACCACUACAGGUCUCAUGAUCUCGUUGUCCAAUGAGAGUGGUGUUAUUCAUGGUGAAAGCCCCGCCCAGCCACUACUGAGUCUCUGUAACUACUUAUCAAUGUGUUUGGGUUGUUUUUCUUUUGCCCAACAAUACAAAUAAGUUCAUGUGGGAUGAGUUGGCGUUCUUUCUGCGAGUGUCACUUAAACGAAUGCCCCGUGGCCUCACGUUGCCCCCGGCUUUCCCAGAAGCUGCCAGAGAGACCGUCCUGCCUGCUAAAGAGACCGCUGCUCAUAACUCCUGUGUGAUUUCUCUCUCACUAAGUGCUGGGCACAAGGGGCUGUGCGUGUGUGUGUGGUUUCUAUAUUCUGCUAGUUGCUGUUCCCCACAUAUUUCUGUAUUAUUUGCACCCCCCCCCUUUACAAGUGUAACUCACUAACACAAGACAGAUGUGUAGGAUUUUGUAAUAAAACCAACUUUUUAAGAAAAAA